UCCCUCUUCUUCUCCUCCUGCCACAAGAACCGAGCAUCCCUCUUCUUCUCCUCCUGCCACAAGAACCGAGCAUCCCUCCCCUUCUCCUCCAGGCACCACCACCACAGCCGAGAUGUCUUCAACAGAGCCCCAGCCGACAACAACAGCGGCCUCCAAUCCUAUCGAGACUACCACCACCGCCACCAGAACUAUCACCGAGCCACCGACUACUGCCAUCACUACGACCACUUCCACGGCCGAGCCCUCAGUAACACCCACCACAGAGAGAACGACGACGACAACAUCCGAAGAGCAUUCGACUGUGUCGAUAGGCCCUGUCACAACGACGAAACUGACGACUCGACCGGAGACCAGCACCACCAAAGGGCCUACGAUCACUCCAUCCACGACACAGCAGAGCACGCAGGCGAGAGCGACGACAACGACACCGUACACAACCCAGUACGUGACCACGGUAUCGAUCGUCACCAUCACAACGGUUGUGCCUCGGACAACGGUCAUCUCUGGUCGGGGAACGACUAUCUAUAUUACAGAGACAACCAUGGCGGCAACGCCGACGGUGAUCCCAGAUCCGAAUCAGCCACCUCCGCCAGGGACGCUCGUGGAUCCCAACAAUGGUGCAGGAAAUGGCUUGAAGACUUGGCAGCUUACGUUGAUUAUAGUCGCGUGUCUGGUCGUCACUAUAGCGGUCUCAGCGGCGUGUUUUAUUGGGUCGGUCAAGAAACAGAGACGACAUCGGGAGAUGAAGCAACAGAGGGAGGGAAGCUCAUUGUAUGUCGGGGAUGAGAGUAUCAUGGGGGGUAGUGAAGUGGCCGAGAGUGGUGGCGGCAAGUCCAUUAGGACGUUGAUCGGAAACGGAGGGUAUGGACAGGGAGAAGGCCAGGGUCAGGGCCAGGGCCAGGGACGGUGGAGUUCGAUGAUGUUUAGGUUUAGAAGGCCGUGGGAUGCAUUGGGCGCUUAUCAUGGAUCGGGCCAUCAUCCGUCUGCGGCUGCAGCGGUGACGGCGAGACCUGGGGGGUUAUGGCUGAUGGAUGAGGACCAUCAUAACUCGGGUCAUGGGCAUCACGAAGCGAUAGGGUAUGACGGAUCCGUGGCUGCGGCGGCGAUGUAUCCGGUAUCAUAUCAGAACGAUGCCUCUCGACUAAGAGAGGAAGGAAUGUAUGUGGCGACAGGCCAACCUACGAUGGCGGAGAUGCAGGACCAGUUCUUGAAUCCGAAUAGGGCAACAGUGGCUGCCUCUGCUGUUGCUGCCGCUGCUGCUGCUGCUAUUGGCAAUAAUACCCGCCCGAUCUCGCCUUCGCCUGCGACUCCUUCAUCACACGCGUCACCCAUGCCGACGAACCAGAACAGUGCAACCAGCACUGCUUCGUCGCCAUGUCUGCUACAGCCUCUGCUUGAGGGACGUUUUUCGGAGAGCACGGACUAUGCGGAUGGACAGGGAUAUGGCUGGCAACAGCAGCGUCAGAGUCAGGAGCAGCAAACCAGUUCGCAAAGAGAGAGUCAAGAUGGAUCUAUGAUGUCGGGUGGUCAAACGCGUACCGAUGCUAGCGGUGGUCUUGGACUGGGUCUUAUUGGCGAAGGGGAUGACAGAAGGACGAUUGUCGUGAAUCCAGAUCAACUUGAAGCGAAUGCGCUGUUUGAACAUUUUCGUAAAGAUCCACAGGCACUGCCGUUGACAGGUGCAACUGUGGAAUCGCCGGCUUUGGUUCGGAAAGAGAGAGAGGGCGAGGAUGAGGGCCAAGCGCGUGAAGCUACAGCUGCGGUUACAGUGGCAUCAAACGAUGAUAAUGACGUAGCAGGUAGUCAGCCAGCGGAGAAAGAUCCGGCAGCGGCUCGUGUGGAUGGCCUAGGCAUCACGACCAACGCAAAUCUCAUCUCCAGAGAGACAUCGCUGUCUGCGAAGAGCGUUAAGGGCAAAACCAAUGCAUCCUCUCUGUAGCCAAAUAAAUCAAAUCCACUCUUCCCUAGUAUUGAUUCUUUCUUAUUUUAUUUACAAUUAGAGUGGUCAUCAUGCGCGGACCUGAUAUCUGCCUGCUUUGGUCAUGGUCCUGACACCCUUAUAUGGUUUAUAGGACUCGUUAAAAAGCUUAAGCACAUCAACCUUGAGUCCAGAGAGCGAAUGUGAAUUGAUCACGAACUCGACCCCGAUAUUGUAUCCUGCAUUCGCAGCUGCUUCGCUACUAAACAACGAACAAAGAAAAGCGCGUGUCAGUAAUCGUUGUUGACCAUAAUUAAGAGAACUAAAAAUGCAACGAAAAGCAACAGAUCUAAUUGUUAUACCUUGAAGUGCCAAAUCCAAAAGA